GCAAGAGAGCAACGUAGGCAGCAUGGCUCACGCUUGGCCCGUUUGCGCUUCGCAGGUUUUCCUGUCAUCCUUCCUUAUGCUGUGCCUGCCUCCUGCUCAGACGGCAAUCAACGUUUCUGCAACUCUGGAACGCCUGGACUACACUGAAGAAUGCUACGCUUUCCCGGGUAUAAUCCCGGAUGUUUGCCCCGCACCGCAGCUCGCUAUCUGCAGGGAAUACUCAUCGACACUGACAUCAGUUCCUGAGGCUACCUUUAUCAACUGGCCGCACGCUCGUCACUUCAGUGGGCAAGAGAGCAACGUAGGCAGCAUGGCUCACGCUUGGCCCGUUUGCGCUUCGCAGGUUUUCCUGUCAUCCUUCCUUAUGCUGUGCCUGCCUCCUGCUCAGACGGCAAUCAACGUUUCUGCAACUCUGGAACGCCUGGACUACACUGAAGAAUGCUACGCUUUCCCGGGUAUAAUCCCGGAUGUUUGCCCCGCACCGCAGCUCGCUAUCUGCAGGGAAUACUCAUCGACACUGACAUCAGUUCCUGAGGCUACCUUUAUCAACUGGCCGCACGCUCGUCACUUCAGUGGGCAAGAGAGCAACGUAGGCAGCAUGGCUCACGCUUGGCCCGUUUGCGCUUCGCAGGUGUGUAAACGAUAUUCUUUAUAUGCUAAAAAAAGCGACAACCCGUACUUGCUGUUGCUCCCUUGCCCACAAGUAUUUUGUGAAAUUGCCUGUGACUGUUUUUCGUUAAUGUUUCUGCUACUAUGCUCCGGUGAUGUGGAAACAAAUCCCGGGCCUGACACUCGUUCGGCAUCAUUGCUUUCCUUGGAAGACUUGCCCGAUGAUCCCGCAGAACAAAUGCGGGUUCUUUUUCAUUUACUGAAAGAUCUGCAUACUCGUUCUGUGCAAUCAGCAAAAAGUCAGGCCGAGCUGUCCGCUGACAUAAAAUCUAUUAAAAGCAGUCAGAAAAGUAUCGAAACGAAGAUUGGCAACAUUCACGAGAGAUUGGAUGAACUCGAAGAAGAAACUAAAUCGUUCGACAAUAUGUCUGAAGAACUUAAUGGAGUACGCCAUACACUGGAAGGCGCUACCACCCGGCAUGACUCUUUGGAAGCUCGUCUAGACGACUUAGAAGAUAGGUCGCGUCGCGACAACUUAAUUUUCCGAGGUAUACCUGACUCUCCUGAAUCGUGGGAGCAGUCUGAAGCACGUGUCAAAUCUGCCCUUCUUUGUGUUGCGGAUAAUUUGCCCGAUAACGCUAUCGUUCGUGCGCAUCGUAUCGGACCUUUCGUCCCCAACAAGUGCCGCCCCAUUGUUGUGAAGUUUUCAAACUAUAAAGUUAAACAAAAAGUUCUGAGUGCACGUAAAAAGCUAAAGGAAAAUGGCAUCACUAUGAGCGAAGAUUUUUCACCCGCAACGCGUCGUAUACGCUCGAAACUUGCUGAUUUUGCCAAAAAUCAAUCGGAAACGCAGCCCUAUCAGCUUAGGUAUAAAACGCUUGUCAUGAAUAAAAAGCAUUACGUGUACACUUCAGAAACAGACAGCGUCACUGAACGUCAGCAAUCUGCGUCAUCUGAUAACCGCCGUACAAAUGCCAACGCAACUAAAGGUACGCCAAGCUAGAGGUGCGCGAGGGGAUGUGGGCAGGAUCAGUUACACACAUCUGUACUCUUUACUAAUGUUCGAAGUCUGUCUAAUAAGCGUGACCUUUUAAACUCUGCUAUUGAUACCUGCAAUGCACAC